UCUUUCACUCCUCAUUACGCAAUGCAGACAGCAGUCCUAUUUGCUUCAAUAAAAUUGAAGUAUAAUUUUAAAGUAUAAGGAUUAUAAUACAUAGAAUACAUUUGUAGAGUCUUAAGAACAGAAUAUCUAACUGAUAAAAAUUGUUUACCACGAAAAGAGACUUUACCAAGCUCGUUGAAGAGACAACUAUCUAACUAUCCAGUGGAGUACCUGUAAUCCUCCCGAACUCCAUUCCAGCAUUUACAGAGAAUCUCUUUUUCUUUCAGGCUUUUUGCUUCCCCUCUUUUUAUUACAGAAUUCUCGGGAUGCGUGUGUUCCUGUUCGCGGCGACGGUAUUUUUCGCACACAAGCUCACCGGGUCUGGUGCAGGAGCCGGUGCCGCGUCCAGCUCCAAAAAGUGUUCCUCCCAGUGCGACGUGAGCGAGUGUCCUAGUCCGAACUGCCCCAGCGGGUAUGUCCCAGACCGGUGCAACUGUUGCCUGGUGUGUUCCCGGGGCGAGGGUGAACUCUGUGGCCGGAAAAACGACCUCCCGUGUGGGGACGGCCUAGAGUGUAGGUCCCCUAACGGUCCUAACAAGGGCCCGUCGGCGAAGCGGAGCUCCAAGCGGCGGCUGUGUCAGUGUAAGAUGGGGUAUAAGGUGUGUGGUAGCGACGGAAAGACGUACGGGAAUGUGUGUCGGAUGAAGGCUGCCAGCCGGAAAGCUCUUCAGAAGGAAAGGGAUGCCAUCACCCAAGUACACAAGGGACCCUGUCCAUCAGGUCCUGCUCCUGUCCAUCCCAACAGCCCCAGAUACAAGUUCAACUUCAUAGCUGACGUGGUGGAAAAGAUGGCUCCUGCUGUGGUUCACAUAGAGCUCUUCCUCAGACAUCCUCUAUUUGGUCGUCAUGUCCCUCUGUCUAGUGGUUCUGGGUUCAUCAUAAGCCCCUCUGGACUCAUCGUAACCAACGCUCACGUGGUAACCGCUGCUGCCACGGUAACGGGCCGACCACAGCUCCGCGUGCAGCUCCAUGACGGGGGAGCGUAUGAGGCCACGGUCCGGGACGUCGACAGGAAGUCGGAUAUCGCCACCAUCAAAGUCAACCCUCGGAAGAAGCUUCCUGUUCUGUCUCUGGGUCGGUCAUCUGAUCUGAGACCAGGGGAGUUUGUGGUUGCCAUCGGCAGCCCCUUCGCACUCCAGAACACCGUUACCACGGGGAUUGUGAGCACGGCCCAGAGAGAUGGGAAGGAGCUGGGCAUCAGAGACUCAGACAUAGACUACAUUCAGACUGACGCUAUCAUCAACUAUGGUAACUCAGGAGGACCUCUGGUUAACUUGGAUGGGGAGGUGAUAGGCAUCAAUACUCUCAAGGUGACAGCAGGAAUCUCCUUCGCUAUUCCUUCAGACCGGAUCAGACGCUUUCUCACUGAGUCACAGCACAACAAACACAAUGCAGGUAACCACAGAAUGCUGAGUGGUCGUUACCGUAUUCCAGAACCCCAGUCAGAUGCAGUAAUGACAGGAGAGAAGAAGAAGCGUCUGAUAGGCAUUAAGAUGCUCACUGUCACAGAUGGUCUGGUAGAGGAGAUGAAGAAGCAGAAUCCUGACUUCCCUGAUGUCUCCAGUGGAGUGUUGGUCCAUCAGGUUAUACCUGAGUCCCCCGCACACAGGGGCGGGAUUGAUGCCGGUGACGUGAUCCUCAAGCUGAACGGCCGCCCACUCAGGACCACCGACGAGCUGCAGGGGGCGUUGCUAGGCGACGGGCCCCUCCUCCUGGAGGUUCGUCGCGGCGACGACAAACUGCUUUUCCACAUAGAGCCCCACGUCGUCAGGCAGUAAGGAGAAGAAGUCAUGGACCAGGGAAAUGUAGUUCCAUUUAGUUUUUUUGGCGGAGUUGGGGGGGGGGGGGUCAAUUCCAAUUAAAAGCUAGUCAAUUCAGUAAAUCAUUUUGAUUUAAACUUCAAUAUAUUGAACGUUUUUAAAUAAAUAGCUUUUACUUUUCAGUUUAUUGAGAAGUCAUUGAAAAUAGAGAUCCUUUUUUUCCAAUUGGAAUUUAAAUUUGCGACAUGAAUUGACCUGCCUUCAGUUGGAAUUCAGGCCGACCCUGUUUUAAUGUUGUUAUGUGUUUUGACUGUGUUCUCUGUUGUGACUGGGUUGGACUCACUACAGAUGUACUGCCUGCUUCCCAAAGUGUGGGCACCAUAUUCCCUACCUGUAGUGCUUGUAACCAGGGAACUGGAGUCCAUCGGUUGCCUAUCAACCUCAUAGUUUAGCCUGGUUGCUAGGCGGUUGCUAGGCCAUUUCUGAUAUAUGUAUGUCCAAAUAUAUUCCUUAUGUAGUGCACUACUUUGGACCAGGACCCUACAUAGUGAACUAGUGCCCUAUUCCUUAUGUAGUGCACUACUUUGGACCAGGACCCUACAUAGUGAACUAGUGCCCUAUUCCUUAUGUAGUGCACUACUUUGGACCAGGACCCUACAUAGUGAACUAGAGCCCUAUUCCUUAUGUAGUGCACUACAUUGGACCAGGGCACUACAAAGUGAACUAGAGCCCUAUUCCUUAUGUAGUGCACUACAUUGGACCAGGACCCUACACAGCGAACUAGAGCCCUAUUCCUUAUGUAGUGCACUACUUUGGACCAGGACCCUACAUAGUGAACUAGAGUCCUAUUCCUUAUGUAGUGCACUACUUUGGACCAGGGCACUACAUAGUGAACUAGAGCCCUAUUUCUUAUGUAGUGCACUACUUUGG